GCAAAUGCGGAAGCUGUGAAGCUGUGAGGCUAUGACAGCUUCCACAUUUCAAUAUAAUCUCAUCUAACAGCUACGAAGAUCCAUUUUAUCUUUUCCUUGUUAUUACAUGGCUACCAAUCUCUCCAUCCUUCAAUUCCCUUCUCUCAAUGUCCAAUCCCUUCAAUCCAGGAAACUCAGUUCCAAGACAUUCAAAUCCACUUUCCCAGCAAGAACAGACAGUCCUCGCUACUUCCGGAUUUCGUGCUCCUCUUCUUCCAACGGGCGUGUUCCUGACUCUAGUGAUGACGAAGGCGUGAAGAGCGUCGAGAGGUUGCUCGAAGAGAAGAAACGGGCGGAGAUCGCUGCCCGCAUCGCUUCCGGAGAAUUCACGUCUGAUAAUGAAACUGGGCUUCUGCCUUUUCUACGAUGGGGUCUGUCGAAAUUGGGUGUUCCUGGGGAGUACCUUGAAUUCCUUUCGGGACGGAGCGAUACUCGUGAAGAGGCUCCGAAGAUUCCGAUGGCGAGGGGGUCUAUGAGUGCUGUACGGGGGCAGGCCUUCUUCCUCCCGCUUUACGAGCUUUUCCUCACUUAUGGCGGAUUGUUCCGGUUAGCUUUUGGUCCCAAGUCCUUUUUGAUAGUUUCUGAUCCUUCAAUAGCUAAGCAUAUCCUGAGGGAAAACUCAAAGGCCUAUUCCAAGGGAAUUCUAGCGGAAAUCUUGGAUUUUGUCAUGGGCAAGGGGCUGAUCCCAGCCGACGGUGAGAUAUGGCGUGUCCGGAGGCGGGCCAUUGUUCCAGCAUUGCAUAAGAAGUAUGUAGCAGCUAUGAUUGGCCUCUUUGGAGAGGCUUCAGAUAAGCUAUGCAAGAAGCUGGAUGCUGCAGCAUCUGAUGGAGAGGAUGUAGAGAUGGAGUCUCUCUUUUCGCGGUUGACAUUGGAUGUCAUUGGCAAGGCUUUAUUUAAUUAUGAUUUCGAUUCUUUGACAAACGAUACAGGAAUAGUGGAGGCUGUAUACACGGUCUUGAGAGAAGCAGAGGAUCGGAGUGUUUCUCCCAUACCAACCUGGAAUAUUCCAUUAUGGAAAGAUAUUUCACCACGGCAGAAAAAGGUCAAUGGAGCCCUUAAGUUGGUAAAUGAUACGCUGGAUGAGCUAAUUGCAAUAUGCAAGAGGAUGGUAGAAGAAGAAGAAUUGCAGUUUCAUGAGGAGUACAUGAAUGAGCAGGAUCCUAGCAUUCUCCGCUUUCUAUUGGCAUCAGGAGAUGAUGUUACUAGCAAGCAACUACGUGAUGAUCUCAUGACAAUGCUCAUCGCUGGGCACGAAACAUCUGCUGCAGUGUUAACAUGGACCUUUUAUCUCCUUGCAAAGGAGCCGAGUGUUAUGUCCAAACUCCAAAAUGAGGUUGAUUCUGUCUUAGGAGACCGCCUUCCAACUAUUGAGGACAUGAACAAACUAAAGUAUACCACACGAGUAAUCAAUGAAUCCUUGAGACUCUAUCCACAACCACCUGUGCUAAUUCGACGUUCUCUUGAGGAUGAUGUACUUGGGAAAUACCCCAUAAAGAGGGGUGAAGAUAUUUUCAUUUCUGUUUGGAAUCUGCACCGCUGCCCUAAUCAUUGGGCUGAUGCGGAUACUUUCAACCCUGAAAGGUGGCCUCUAGACGGACCAAAUCCUAAUGAGAUCAACCAAAACUUCAGUUAUUUACCAUUUGGUGGAGGACCACGGAAGUGUGUAGGAGACAUGUUUGCUACUUUUGAGACAGUGGUAGCUCUUGCAAUGCUUGUGCAGCGGUUCAACUUCCAAAUGGCGCUUGGUGCUCCUCCUGUGGAUAUGACGACAGGCGCAACCAUCCAUACAACAGAGGGGUUGAAGAUGACAGUCACGCGCCGGACGAAACCUCCCGUAAUUCCCAGGUUGCAGUCGACAGUGCUGGCGGUGGUCAGUGAUGCUCCUGUUGAGUCAUCUCCAACUGCAACAGCAACUGAGGAGACCAGCAAGGUGUAGUUUCUCCCACCAUUCCCAACAGGUAACCUUGCUGCAACAGCUACAGUCCAUCGAAAAAAUCCCAGUUCCAACCACGUAAAGGAGAAAAGAAAUCAUUGGCGCCCUCCCAACUGUUUGCAAUCCACAAAACCUCCGCAUAUAGCUUUUAAUUGUAAAUAUGCUGUAAAAUGCCUGAAUUGUGAAGAGGUCUGUGGAAAGCAACUGAUGGGGGAUGGGUUUAUCGUGAUUCCAUCUUUCGUAGUGGAUGAUUCUUGCCGCAUGUCUGGGUUGUGAGGAUCUUUUUGCUGUCCUGUAGCUUCUAUAUUUAUUCUUGUGAAGUAGUUCCACUUCAACAGAUCAUAUUGAAAAAAUGAAAUUUCUGUUGGGGCACUAGCCUCGUUUCUUUUGGUGAAUUAUUUUUUGGUCUGGAAAUGACUUCUAAACUCACCAGUGAUUGAUUGGAAUACACCCAUUUCCCAUUUUGAUUCA